AUGGUGUACACGUUCAAGGAAAAGAUGGGUUGUCCUGGUAUGUCUGUCUGUGUUUCGUUAUCAGGGAAGAUUAUUUAUCAAGAAGGUGUUGGAUAUGCCAAUGUUGAGCAUAUGGUACCAGUAAAUGAAAAUACAGUAUUCCGAAUAGCGAGUAUUAGUAAGCCGUUUACAUCAUUAUUGGUUGGAAGAUUAUUGGACCAACACAAGUUAGAUCUUGACGAAGAUAUCUGGUCCUAUUUACCUGAGUUUCCGGAGAAAAUAGUCAAUGAAACAUAUGUACGUAAAUAUUACUUAAAUAUUUUCAUUAUCUAA